GUUUUGAAGUUUUAAUUCCUCAGUUGCGCUUAAUCUUCAGUCAAUAUGAACUUAUUCAUAAACCUCUCCAUGCUAGUACUGCUUCUUUCAAUCACAAAAGGAGAAAAUGCCAAAGACUCCGCAGGUAAAACCCAAAAGCGAAGCCUUCUUUUGGGUUGGCUGGCCCACAAUCUGGAGCAACACAAAUGGUCAGGGCCCCCCAAAAAAGAGUCAGUCGUGGAGAGCGGCGGAGAAACCAAGCUGGGACUGGGAGUAGAAAGCACGUUUAAUUUCGAAGGAGGAUUCAACUCCGGUAUACAAAGAAGUGAAGGUGCCGUAUGAAGUGAAAGAAGUCGUCCACUAUCCAGUGGAGAAAGAGAUUAAAGUACCAGUUAAGGUACCAGUUCACGUCAUUAAACCGUAUCCGGUGGAGAAAAUCGUCAAGGUUCCCCAUAAGGUCUACGUUGACCGUCCAGUGCCAGUGAAAGUAGAUAAACCCUAUCCAGUGAAAGUGGAAAAAGAAGUCAAAGUACCCGUUGUCGUGGAAAAGCCCUAUCCGGUGAAAGUAUACGUGGACAAGCCAGUGCCUUACAAAGUAGAAAAGGAAGUCAAAGUGCCCUACGAGGUGAAGGUUCCCCAGCCUUACCCCGUCUACAAAGAAGUCAAGGUUCCGGUCUACAAAGAAGUCCCCUAUGAAGUCAAGGUACCGUACGACAGACCGGUGCCUUAUGAAGUCAUCAAACACGUCCCCUAUUACGUGGAGAAAAAAGUACCCGUGCUGGUAAAGGAGGAAAAGAAGGAGAAGAAAAUCGAAAUAAAGUGCGAAGACAAAAAAGAGGAGGGUGGCCAACGGAAGUUUGGCUUGGGAUUGGUGGACUGGGGCACAUGGGAAAAGUGGUAAAGAAACAGAAACAGAAGAAUAUGUUGAACUGUACCUUGCUAGAUUAUUUAGGUUGUUAAUGGUAAGCCCAAACCAAAUUAAAUUGUAGUUAUGUAAGAGUUAAAAAUACUUAAUGUUUAAAUGUUUGUAGAAGGCGAAGUACUUUGAUUAAUGAUUAAUAAAGAGUAAUGUUUCCAAAUGAGAGAGAGAGAAUGAA